AUGGAUAAUAACAUCAAUAUUGAUGAAGAUUUCAAUAUAGAUGUUGAUUACAUAAAGAAACUAUCGGAGAAAUACAAACAUGUAGAUCAUCCCCUUUUUAUGGAUGAGCUUCCAAAAAAUUUAGAAGAAAAUGAGGAUUUAGAAGCUUUAUAUAAAAUUAUAACAAGUGAAGAUAAUCCAUUGAUCUUAGCUCAGGAUUAUAAAGAAGUGGGCAAUGAUUAUUUCAAGGAUGGUAUCAAAUAUUUUGAAGACGCUGUUAUAAGUUAUACUAAAGGAAUUGAUAUAUUAAAUAAUUAUCUCAAAUCAGUAGAUAUACAAAAUAAGAAAAAUAAUAAUAAUAAUCAUAAUAAUAAUCAUAAUAAUCAUAAUAAUAAUAAUAGUGGUGAUGUUACAUGUACAUAUCCUUGUAAUAGUAACAAUAUUAACAAUAAAACAAACGGUGAUGUUCAUAAACAGAACGGAGAAGAGAUCAAUGACGUUGAAUCAAAUGAUAAGAUUAAAAAUAAGCAUCUUCUUAAGAAUGAUAAAAAUAAAAAUAUUAAGAUAGAUAUUAAUGAAGUAAAAAUUUUACUUUCUGAUUUAUAUUGUAAUAGAGCUAUCAUACAUUAUAAAAAAAAAAGAUACAUAAAAUGUUUAGAUGAUUGUAAGAAUUCAUUUUCCUUUAAUAAUAAAAAAUAUAAAAGUCUUUAUUUUAGCAUCUUAUCCUCUAAUAAUAUGGAAAUGUAUCAUGAUGCAUGUAAACAUAUAAACAAAUUUGAUGAACUCUUAAAAAAUAUUGAAGGCAUAGAAUCUUACAUAAACAUACAGGAGUAUGAAAAAUUAAAAAAAGAUAUAUUUAAAAAGUAUGAAGAUUAUUUAAGAAGAAAAAAAAAAGCACAAGAUGAAAGAAAAAAAAUUGAAGAACAAGAAAAAAAUAAAAUUAAUCAAAUUCAAGAUAUUCUUAAAAAAAGAAAUAUACAAACUUUGUCAAAUGUAUAUGAUAACAAUAAUAAUAUUAUUCCAGUAUUGUAUCUAGAUGAUAAUAUGUAUAUACAUUUUACAGUAUUUUUAAUUUAUUAUGAAUUUAAUAUUAUAGAAACUAUUUUAGACUUUUCUGAAAGUCAAUGUAUUAUGGAUUAUUAUGAUAUUAUAAAGAAAAGACCAGAUAACCAAAUAUUAUAUUGUUAUAUUGAAUUUCCAGAUGAAAUAUUUUAUAUGAUAAAUAAUUAUUUCUACAUGUGUGAUAUAAUGAAUAAGAUAAAAAUGUUUACUCAUAUACUUGCAAUACAUAUUAUUGAAAAUGAUGUAGCAAAUAUGAAUUUUAAGAUAAAUAAAAAUAUAACAUAUUUGUAA